AUGGAGCCUACGGAGCCAACGAGUACGAGCUCCAAAGUAACGUCUAUUGAAUUGAAAACUCGACGAGCACAAUUUCAACCUCAGGUGUCGACUUUAGAUACCCGGAGGCGGCAUGCGAUAUGUGUAAGAAGAGCCUUCAAAAAAUAUGGCCCUAAGAGCAAUCCGAAUGUCGUCCUUGAUGGGCUUAAUAUGACGGUUCCCAAGGGUUGCAUAUACGGACUAUUAGGCUCAAGUGGAUGCGGUAAAACCACAUUGCUUUCAUGCAUUGUGGGAAGACGGCGAUUAAAUGCUGGAGAGAUUUGGGUACUCGGAGGAAAACCAGGAUCUAAAGGGUCUGGAGUACCAGGUCCACGUGUGGGUUAUAUGCCUCAAGAAAUAGCACUGUACGGAGAAUUUUCCAUCCGUGAAACAUUUAUCUACUUUGGAUGGUGCGCUGGUAUGACUACAACUCAAGUCGACGAAAAAUUAGAAUUUCUAAUCAAGCUUCUGGAUCUACCAAACGAGAACAGAUUUGUAAAGAAUUUAUCUGGUGGUCAGCAACGGCGAGUAUCAAUAGCAGCGACUCUGAUAGCAGACCCGGAACUUUUAAUUUUGGAUGAACCGACAGUGGGAAUAGAUCCAGUUCUGCGACAAAGUAUCUGGGAUCAUUUGGUUAAAAUCACCAAAGACGGUUCAAGAACUAUAAUCAUCACGACUCAUUAUAUAGAAGAAACCCGACAGGCAAGUAUAAUCGGUUUGAUGCGAGGUGGCCGAUUCCUUGCUGAAGAAUCACCAAGAAGGCUCAUGGAGAUGCAUCGAAUGGACACACUCGAGGAAGUCUUUCUCAAGCUGAGCAGACGGCAAAAUAUGGGAUUAAGAAGGCGCAGCAGCAUCCUCAGCAGUGUAACAGGUGUACCGCCAGAUAUUGAUGUCGAUGAUGAAAUGAGCGGUGAAUUUGGUGAUAACGUCAGUAUCUCUAGUCGUAGACGCAGUAUUGCUGUUACUUCAGAUGACGAUCACAUACCAGAGCUGCCGCCUGAAGAGAAAGGCGGUAAUACUUUCAAAAUGCUUGAUCCACAGCACAUGAAAGCGCUCAUUUGGAAAAAUUUUUUGUGGAUGUGGCGAAAUGUUGGUAUGAUGCUUUUCAUAAUUGGACUGCCGGUUUUACAGAUAAUAAUAUUUUGUUUGUCAAUCGGUAAAGAUCCGGUUGGUCUUUCGAUUGCCGUUGUCAAUAAUGAGUUGAAUAGUACUGCCGAGCUUUGCUUACCAACCAUUGGUUGUGACAAAAGAAUGCUCAGUUGUCGAUUCUUAAAACAUCUGAAAAAACGUAAAGUUGUUUUUACUUAUUACGAACAAGAAGAUGAAGCGAGAUACGCUGUUAAAAAAGGUUGGGCAUGGGCUGCUGUUAGUUUUCCUGAAAAUUAUACGGAUUCGCUUAUUGAACGAUUAGAAAGCUCUACUGAUGUUGAUGAAUUCACUGCUGAAACUGCUAAUAUGUUUGUCGUUAUGGAUAUGUCUAAUCAACAAAUUGGUCAGUUAUUGCAGCGUGAUUUUUACUAUUCAUUUCAAGACUUUGCUAAAGAGAUGAUGAUCGCUUGUGAUAACAACGAAAAACUUGCGAACAUCCCGAUAGAUUUUAGAACGCCAAUUUAUGGACCACAAGAACCAAACUUCACAGAUUUUGCAGCUCCAGGCAUUAUAUUAACGAUAAUAUUCUUCUUAUCAGUCGCAUUGACAUCAGGUGCUAUGUUACUGGAACGUAACGAAGGUCUUCUUGAAAGAAGUCUAGUAUCAGGAUUAACUGGAACGGAAAUAUUAUUCAGUCAGGUGGUUACACAAUUUGUCGUGAUGACCGGGCAAACUUUAAUGGUUUUAAUAGUGACAUUUGCUGUAUUCAAACUGACAUGCGAGGGUGAAAUUGCCUGGGUAACUGUUCUGACAAUCCUCACUGGUCUCUGUGGCAUGUGUUUCGGGUUCGUGAUUGCUUGCGUGUGUGAGACAGAAAGAAGUGCGACAUACAUGGCGAUGGGUUCAUUCCUCCCGAUUGUUAUGCUCUGCGGAAUAAUAUGGCCAGUCGAAGGAAUGCAUCCUGUUCUACGUGCUAUUAGCUAUGUACUACCUCUGACAAAAAGUACGGAGUCAAUUCGUGCUAUGCUAGCCCGGGGUUGGCCUAUCUCCAAUCCGACUGUUUAUGAAGGCUUUCUCGCAACUUUCAUUUGGAUUAUUAUUUUCCAAACUCUAGCGAUAUUAUUACUUAAAUUCAAAAAAGGUUAAACAGCCUUUUAAGUAAAUAAUUAUACAUAUCUUGGUUGUAGAUUUAUAUAUUAGUUAAUUAAAUACUAAAAAUAAUACUAAAAAAUAUAGGCUUUAAUAUUAAUCAAUUAAGAUUUAUUUUAAUGAUAUCAUUUGCUCAAUGCAUUUUAGAUUAUUUAUUUUGUAAAUUCUUAUUAUAUAAAACAAAUAAUAAUAUUUUUUAAGUAUGCAAUUAAUUUGUAGUAAUUAAAUAAGAAUUGUUUAUUUUUUAAGAAAUAAGAUGUAUUGUACAGUUUAUUUUAAUUAAUAAGUAAUUGUCAC